GUGACCUCCACUCGACAGGUACAUGCGGGCAUUUCAUGAAUGCGCACGCAGGUACUUCCCAUCCCUGUCGUGAACGCGGAUUAUGACGUAAGUCACUUGCCGCGCAGUGAUGAUGGCGGUGCGUGAACGCGCAGUAAAAGUAAUGGCUGCUCUGGAACGGCGGGUGCCUAGUCUCGAUGAUUUCGUGGGCGAAAGCUGGAGCGCCUGGGCCGAGAGAGCCAGUGUGACUGCGUCGGAAGGCUCCGAUGGAGAUGACUGCAGCAAGAAUGGGAAGAAAGCAGCCGAGGCAAUGUCUCUUAGGAAGGAAGACAUGUCCAUCUUCGGCCACUACCCGGGCCAAGAUGACUUCUACUUGGUGGUGUGUAGCCACUGUGGCCAGGUGGUCAAGCCCCAGGCCUUUGAGAAGCAUUGUGAGAGGAGACACGGCCCUCUGAGCAAACUGUACGCCCCCCUCCGCUCCACCCCUCCAGCACCCCAGCAGCGCCCCCGCCAUAGCCACUCCCCAUCCUCUGCCCACGCAACCUCAUCAUGGGAAGGGAGGAGGCAAGGGACUGGGGCACCAAGAGCAGCCCCCCAAUCCCCAUCCACACCCCCACAGUUCAGACACACCAAGCCCCCCAAGGAAGGAGUACGCCACUCCCACCUGGAUAAGAGCCCCCACAGCGGCCAUUCUGAAUCAGCUGUGUUCAAGCAGCCUCCACCCCUGGAGCCUCCCCUGAGCUCCCCACCUCCCUCACUCAGAGACCCACCCUGGCCCCAUGGAGGCACCCCACCCAGCCGGUCCUCCACCACCCCACCCAGCCGGUCCUCCACCACCCCGCCCGGCCGGCCCUCCACCACCCCGCCCAGCCGGCCCUCCACCACCACCUCGCCCGGCUGGCCCUCCACCACCCGGCCCUCCACCACCCCCCCGCCCGACCGGCCCUCCACCACACCAGCCGGCCGGCCCUCCACCAGUGAGAGGACACACACUCAGAGGAAGGAGGCCAUAACGGUCCCUACCCUCCCUAGCCAUCUCCGUGGACCAAGACCUUACAACAAAGUGGCCUCCAGGAGAGAGUGUGAUCUUGACAAGCACUGCGGAGUACUGGACUCCGAGAGGAAGAAAGUCUGCACUCGUCUCCUAACUUGCAAUAUUCACUCUAUUCACCAGCGGAGGAAGGUUUCUGGUCGGAGUAAAAACUUUGACCAGCUGGUGACCGAGCUGAAGACGGGUGUCCGGAUCCGUGAGCGGGGCGCUCAGACCCAAGAGGGGAGUGGCUCAUGCCGGUCCCCCAGCCCAGAGGCCCAGAGGGACCCCCUAGCACCCCCACACUGCAGGAGGCCCCUCACCAACAACCCUGCCUUCAGUCGGUCCAGGGCUUCUUCGGAGAGUGCUCCAGAGGAGGAAAAACCUUGUCAAGAGGAGGGUAGCACCCAAGCCCCAUCACCCCUCACCCAUGGGCGCAUUUCCAGCGAUGAGAGCGAGGGAGAGGGGCCUGAGGAACCAAUCGAAUACCCCUCGUCCUCUUGGCACCCUAAACCAGCCGCGGGGUGUUCAUUUGGCAGUUAUGUGAUGGGUCAUGGUGUGUACACCUUUGACCGGCGGCUCCACCACCUUCGGUCGGCGCUCAAUGCCAUGGUGGAGCAGCACAUCAGCGCACACCUCUGGAAGAAAAUACCUCAAGCAUCAGACCUCCAGUCCCAAAGUCCCUCUGUGAAGAGCAUCUCCUCUUCCUCUCCCUCCUCAUCCUUCUCUUCCUCUCUACAUUCUAAAGUCAGGACAGGAAGCCACAGAACCACCCCAUCCCUCAGGCCUUCCUCCCAUGGACCAGGGAGGGAGACACGCCUACAAAUCGCCUCCCACUCCACAGCCAUUAACCAAUCAGAGAAUUCCAGUGGCAGUGGCAGCCAUAUUGUAGCCCCUGCGCCCCCUCCUGUCCGCCAGGCAGGUCCAGGGCGACCGCUAGGUCCCGGAAGGACCAAGAACCCGGUGGGGCGACCCAGCAAGCAGCAACUGAGACUCAGAGAGGAGGAGGCGGCAGCAGCAGCACUCCGUAAACGUGAAGCCCCAUCACAGGAGGGUGAGCACUCCAGCCCAGACAGGAACUCUAUCAUCCUACAGGACCGGAGACUGCCCCCAACCAGUUCCUUUAAGACCACCCCGCCCACCCCUCACAGCCAGACCAAUGGCACCCUCUCCCCCAGCAGCAAACCCCGCCCCCAGCCAUCCCCCUCGGAGCCCCAUUCACCAGCAUCUGCCUGGUUGUUUAAACGGACACACCCACCCUCUGGACACACUUCCUCCCCACCCGAUCCUCACUUCCGCAGGGGGGACUCAGGACUGCACGGGAGGGGGGCAACGGGGUACGACCAUAGGGGUCUGGGGAAGAAACGCAAGGGGGGCAGCAGUGAACCCUCUCCCCCCUCCAAACCGCACCGCCUGCCCUCCUCCCCUCACUCCAAUUUCUACCCCUGGAAGGACAGUAAGGGGGGAACACUGCCUGGUGGGGUGGAGAAGAAAAUGGGCACACAGAAGCCAAAACUGCACCAUUAAGAGUGCCUGCCUUACAAGCUACUGAGGGAGUCAGCCCUGCCUGUGCUGUCAGACAUCAUGCCUCAGACUGUGGCUACAGGACUCAAGAGAUGUGUGUGUGUGAGUGUGACUUGAUAUUCAAGCCAAUGUUUGUUUGUGUAUGUCUUUUGACUCCUAUAUGAGUGUACAGGUAGGUGUGUGUGUGUGUGUGUUGUGUGUGUGUGUGUGUGUGUGAGCGAGAGUGCUUAUGACCAAUAAAGUAUGAGUUAUGUGUUCAGUUCCUGAGUCGGUGUGUGAGUUUGCUGCUGUUGGUGAGUGUGUGCAGGACAAAGGGGACAUGUGAAUUUCUGUGUAUGAAUUUAGAAAUACCUCAAGACCUUCUGGUUAUGCUGCUAAAUAAAUAUGUUGGUUUAUAAAAAUUGAUUAAAAAUAUCCUUUACACUUG